UGCCCAAGAUAGUGCCUUACACUUAGUAAGUGCUUAAUAGAUGCUUAAGUAUUCAUUAAUCCAUUUUUGCCUAUUUAUCAAAAUAAUUUGAGGUGUUUUGUUGACAUUUGUCACGGUCCUGUGACUCCUUACACAGUGAUAUUCAAGAAACUGGAGAUGGACCUUAGAAAUAUUAUUAAAGAUAUAACCAUAAUUGACUUUGUAAAACAAAAUUAGUAUUGCUCAGGCCUUUAGUGUUAUAUGCCAAAGACAUGAGGCUACUAUACUUACUAUCUAGUUAAUGCACAAGACUAUUCCAUGGGCAUACAGCACAGAAUUCUAAUGCAGAAGAAACCACCCAGAUAGUCAGAUACUAUUUGAUUGUACUAAUAUCAACAAGCAUGUUUCAUACUUGAUCCAGUGAAUGACAGUCAACUCACAAUAAUAGAUCGAGGUACAAUAAACCUAAGGUUGUUAAUAUUACAUCAGAGUUUCCACAAAGAAAAGCUAUAUUAUAAUGGAAAAAUGUAAGUAUGCCAGGUAUGGAAAUGUUUUUUUAAUAUUUUUCUUUUUGUCUCUAUGUCUUCUACAUAAGGAUGACACAAAUUUGCCAAAGAGUUGUUAGUGACAGGUUUUCAUAAUGGAAUUAUUGCUGAAGUUGUUUUGUUUUCAGUCAUUAAAAUCAUUAGAAGUGAAAAAUGAAUUUUAAAUAUGUCAUUUGGGGCCAAGGUUCCACAUAACUUACAUAAACUGGCAUACACAGGAGGCUUUCUGCCUGCAUGAUGACAUGGUUGAGUGAUACUAGUGCUGCACCAUGAAUCAGAGUUCAUCUGCACCUACUACAACCUUGUGAAAGAAAACCCCUUAAUCUCUUUGGACUUUACAUCUUUUACCUAUAAAAAGAAGGGAUAUGACCAAAUGUUCUUUAAUAUUGCUUCCUAAUAAAAAUGCUAUGAAUUCAAUGAAAAACUUGAGUUAUGUUAGUUGCAUUACUAAAUUGAAUGGUCAGGUUAAUAAAAUUUUUCGAUCUGGUAGACCUAGCCUUAGUCGAAGCAAUGGAGCACUACUGAAUUUAUAUGAGGAGGAAAAAUGUCAUGGAUGUGAAGCUUGAAAUCCUACCAUGAUCCAGUCCUACAUUUUAAGGAGACAUUUGGAAAACUCAUAUCGGAAAAGAGUCUACAACAAACUUUUGGCAUGGAGAAAUGGUGAGCGCCCCUUCCACUGUAACCAGUGUGGAGCUUCUUUCACUCAGAAGGGCAACCUACUGAGACAUAUUAAGUUGCACUCUGGGGAAAAGCCGUUCAAAUGUCCCUUCUGCAGCUAUGCCUGUCGGAGAAGGGACGCCCUCACAGGACACCUCAGGACACACUCCGUGGGUAAACCUCACAAGUGUAACUACUGUGGACGGAGCUACAAACAGCGCAGUUCACUGGAGGAACACAAGGAACGUUGCCACAAUUAUCUUCAGAAUGUCAGUAUGGAGGCUUCUGGGCAGGUCAUGAGUCACCAUGUACCUCCUAUGGAAGACUGUAAAGAACAAGAGCCUGUGAUGGACAACAAUAUUUCUCUGGUGCCUUUUGAGAGACCUGCUGUCAUAGAAAAGCUGACAGGGAAUAUGGGAAAACGUAAAAGUUCCACCCCACAGAAGUUUGUGGGAGAGAAGCUCAUGAGAUUUGGCUACCCAGAUAUUCACUUUGAUAUGAACUUAACAUAUGAGAAAGAGGCUGAGCUGAUGCAGUCUCACAUGAUGGACCAAGCCAUCAACAACGCAAUCACCUACCUUGGAGCUGAAGCACUUCAUCCUCUGAUGCAGCACACACCAAACACAAUUGCAGAGGUUGCCCCAGUCAUCAGCUCAGCUUAUACUCAGGUCUAUCAUCCUAACAGGAUAGAAAGGCCCGUUAGCAGAGAAACCUCAGAUAGUCACGAGAACAACAUGGAUGGCCCCAUUUCUCUAAUCAGACCAAAGAGUCGACCCCAGGAAAGAGAGGCCUCUCCCAGCCAUAGCUGCCUGGAUUCUACUGACUCAGAAAGCAGCCAUGAUGAUCGCCAGUCCUACCAAGGAAACCCUGCCUUAAAUCCCAAGAGGAAGCAAAGCCCAACUUACAUGAAGGAGGAUGUUAAGGCUUUGGAUGCCACAAAGGCUUCUAAGGGCUCUCUGAAGGAUAUCUACAAGGUCUUCAAUGGAGAGGGAGAACAAAUUAGAGCCUUCAAGUGUGAGCACUGCAGAGUCCUAUUCCUAGACCAUGUCAUGUACACAAUUCACAUGGGUUGUCAUGGCUAUCGGGACCCGUUAGAAUGCAACAUCUGUGGCUACCGAAGCCAGGACCGUUACGAGUUCUCAUCACACAUUGUCCGAGGGGAGCACACAUUCCAUUAGGCCUUUUUUUCUUUCCAAAGGGGACUCUUAUGAAGUAAAGAACUGCACAUGAAGAAAUACUGCACUUACAAUCCCACUUCCUCAGACAUUAACUUAACCUUUAUAAAAGAAAAAAGAAAAAAUAUUACAGUCAAUAAUUCUUAUUUUAUGGACCCAGUCUCAUUUGCUCUACCUAACUAUCAGGAAGGAAAAGAGGGAGGGAAGGGAUGGGGCUAAUAUCUAUUUUUUUGUCACUUGGCUUAUUUUGUGGGAAUUGAAGGGCAGUUCACUUUUGUAAUGGUUGACUGUAAGUUAUAUCUUGCUUUGAAAAAUCACUCAGCUUACAUUAGGUUCAACUAAAAGAGGCUGAUUUGCCAUUCAUUUUUAGGAUGGUGAUCUUGGACAGGAAAGUGGAGAGUUUUCAUAGUAAGACUUUCUCAUAACAAAAAUUAAAAAAAAUAAAGAGUACAAGAAAUUUUUACUCUCUAAAGAAGAAAGGUUUUCAAAAUAUAAAUUGUUUUUCUGUAAAGAUCUUGGAUCAUAAAUCAAACACAAUGUUCUUUUCAAUGAUACUUGCUAGGAUGAGCUAUGGUCAUGGAUUCUGUGUUUACUUCACUUUCUGGAAUUUCUAAUACAAUCUAAAGAACAUUGUACCACUUAGCAGUUUCAUAUUACAAGUGGUUAGGACCACCUACAGUACUUUUGAAGUCCUGCUAUCUUAUUUUUCUAAACUAAAGAAGCACCUUUUUAGACUUGCUGUUUUUCCAUAGUUUUGGGGACUGGUAUUUUGUAGACACCUUGACAGCCUUACUUUUAACAUGUUUUAUGAUUAACAUUUUUACCUGGUUUUCAGAGUAAUACAGCUUAGGAAUGGCUAUGGGGCAGUAGUUUUCUAGAGGGGUUCUUCUGCUCUUUGGAAAAAAAUAAUAUUUUUUUAAGUUAUAAACUAUGUCCGGGUAGUAGAAUAUGCUUGUUCUUUUUUUUCUUUUUUAAGGUAUGCAUUCAAUUGUGAUUUUAUCAGCAACAGUGUUAAACCAGUCAGCAGUGUACACUAUUAUAGCUGACAGUUGGGAGAACACUAGAAACCUCUUUUUCAUAGUGUAUUAGUUUAUUGAAUUUGCAAAUACCCAGUAUUCUGCUCUAUAGUCAAGUCUUUUAAGUCUUGCCUACUGGAUAGAUAUAUUUCUUGCCUACUGAAUAGAUAUAUAGAAUAGAAUAUUUCUAUUCUAUAAAACUCCAAAGGGCAAUGCUAAGUUUGACCUGAAUGUGGUUAUUAAAAAGAUGCAAUCAAAAACAAACAUAACCCCUCCAACAACAUAUGCAUAGUGCUGAUACCAACUAGGGCUAUUUAUUCUAUUUUUCCAGAGUUGAUAUAUAAUACAUUUAAGUUGAGGAAAUUGAAAACUGCUUUACAAUAUUUUGGUUGGCCUGCAGAUUAAAAACAAAACAAAACAUACUAACAAAGUCUACUUUCAACUUUUCUUUGACCCAGGAUAGGAAUAGAAUUAUUAAAUGAUUUCUAGGCCAAAAUCAUUUACUUCCUGUUGGAAUACAUGGAAGCCACCUGACAGUGGCUAUUGGAGAUCCAAUCCAGAAUGUAUCUCAUCUUGUGAGAGGAUGAUACAAGGACACAGAGAGGCAGUUGCUGUUCUCUGACCUCUCUGAGAGGCCAUU